AUGACCCUUGAUCGUGCAUUGGACUUCUACAACAAUUAUGCUCGAUAUGUUGGGUUUGACACCCGUAAAAAGGGAUCGAAAAAGGAAAAAGAUGUCAUUACUUGGAUUUACGUGGUGUGUAGUCGAGAAGGUACAAAGCAAAGAAAGAGUGAACAAUCUGAGGUGAAACGCAAGUGUUCUUCUAUUAAGUGCUAUUGUAAUGCUAAAGUGUCUUGGAAGUAUUUUAUGGGAGUUGGUUAUGUUAUACAAAGUUUCGUUGAAGAACAUAAUCACGAGAUGGUUGAGGAACGCCAUAAGCAUUUUAUGUAUUUGAACCGCAAUUUGGAUUUAGUCCAUCAGAAAUUCAUCCUCGAUUGUGCUAAUGCAAACAUUGGUCUAACUUUAAGUUUUAGCUCACUUAAAGAAGUGCUUGGUGGAUCAGAUUAUGUAGGGUGUACUGUUUUAGAAGUGCGCAACUAUAGACGUGACCUUAGAGCAUACGUGGAAGGAGCUGAUGCACAACUGUACUGUAUGAUAUUUGCUCCUUUUACGUGCAAGGAUAAACAUGGUCGCCGUGUGACAUUUGCUGCUGGCCUUUUGUCCAAGGAAAAUGCCAACUCCUUUUCAUGGUUAUUUAACCAAUUUGUAAGGUGUAUGAGUGUGGCUCCCAAACUCAUUGUAACCGACCAAGACUUAGGAAUGAAAGUUGUUGUUGAGGAGGUCCUUGUCAAUACAAGACAUCGGUGGUGUAUGUGGCACGUUAUGAAUAAAGUUGCUGACAAAUUGCCAAAGAACAUGCUUGAGUUGAUAGAACCUGAUGCAUUUGAGGAAACUUGGCAUGCUAUAAUGGAAAGAUAUGGGCUGGCCAAUAAUGACUGGUUUUCAUCAAUGUUUGCAUCCAGAAAAUUUUGGGUUCCAGCCUUUUUCCGUGAUUUUCCGAUGAGUUUGUUGAUAAAGACAACUUCUUUAUUUGAAUCACAGAAUAGCUUCUUUAAAAGCCAUAUAUUUUCUGUGUUGAAAUAUAAUUUUGUUAAGUUGAUACCCGAGAAGUUGCGUGGAGAAAGAUGGUUGAAGUCACAGUUUGUGAAGCCAAUACAUGGAGGUUUUUGUGAUGAUCAAGAAAUACACCCUUCUGUGGACAAGAAGAAGAUUGCAUUUAAAAACGUGUAUGCAUUAUUCGUUGAAACAACACAAAGCAUUGAAGGGAACAUUGAUCAAAUCAAUGCAUUUGCUGCAGUUAUUGAAGAAGUUCACACUCCUGAUGUUGUUAGUACAAAGGGAAGUGGAAGUAGGAAGAAAUCGAGGAGGGAGUCAGCAAUGAAGUUAGCAAUGAAACCAGGCCGAAAGUGUGGAAACUGUCAAGAGAUUGGACACCAUGAUUCUAGGAACUGCAAAAAGGUUAAUGAGAAGGUAAAUCAGAGACAAUGA